AUGUCAGGGAUAAUAUUAUCUAGAUGGAUAGUAUAUAUUACUAUUUCAUCAGGGUUAUGUAUUGCAGGAGGGUUAGUAGUUCCGAUAGUUUCAGUCUAUUAUUCGUCGGAACACAGUGUUAAUUCUAAACUGUUAAAUUAUGGUCUUUCGGUUAGUGCGGGUGCGAUGUUGUGCAGCAGUAUAUAUACAAUGCUUCCCAGGGACCAGUCGAAUAUGUGGGUCGUCUUUUUGGGGUUUCUUUCUGGGGUGACAGUGAGCUUCUUCUUGGAUUAUAUUAUACAUAAAUAUACAAGUGAGAGUUUGAUCCACUGUGCCCAUAGGCCAGUGGAAUCCGAUGAAGUGGGCCCGGGAAUGCCUGAGUCUUUGGGGGAUACGAUUAUCGCUGAGAAUACUGGACAUCAACACCCAUGCCAUAGGAAUGAGGACGAUGAGCGGCUGCCGCUCAUCGCAAGUUUAUUGCCUUCGCAGAACAAUAGCGGAACAUGUAUACCAUUGGCAAAGUCGGUUACCAUUGCUUCAAAAACAUCUACCCAUGUUCCAAGUUGCAACUCUGAUAGAAAGCUGUCUGUUGUAUGUGUCGAAAGUAACAUAGGAUAUGACCUAGAAAACCUCGCGACUUAUAGGGAGCAUUUUAUUUCAGGUAGUUCGCAAUUACAAGAUGAGGUCACUGGGGACAUUUCUAAUAUAUAUGGAACUGGCGGUUUAGAACAAAAUAAUGUACAUUAUAGUGUGGAUGAUCACCGUCAUAUAGUCGCUACACCAUUUUCAAAAUUACUUUCAAUUGGUAUCCAAACUUGUAUAGUGAUCACACUCCACAAGUUCCCAGAGGGGUUUAUUAUAUAUUUUACUGGUAACGACAGUAUGGAUACUACAAUUGGGUUUUCAAUUUUCUUGGGCCUGGCUGUGCAUAACUUUAUAGAGGGAUUCACCAUGACACUACCAUUAUACAGUGCUUUCAAGUCAAAAUGGUUGGCAGUGCUCGUAGUGGCUAUUAUCACGCUAUGUUCGCAACCGUUGGGAGCACUAAUUGGCUACUUAACUUUCCGCAACAAGCAUGAUAAUGGUAGUAGCAAAAAGCCAGAUAUGACAGUACCUUUGAGUUUAACAGCUGGAUUCCUCUUUGUGCUUGCCCUACAAAUGUUUCAAACAGCUGUAGCUUUCAGUGACACACACCAUCAUCAUGAAGACGAUAAUGGAAAGCAGAUUGAAAGCGAUCAUAGUUCAGGUACAAUGUGCUUGAAGUGGUGUUGUUUUGGGGUUCUAUUGGUACUAGCUAGUAAUGCAUUUUCUCAUGAACAUCUGUGA